AUGGAUAAAGUUCAAUUUCAACUUGAAGCUACUUUGCCAGAGCUCAAAGAUUUGUAUGAAAAAGGUUUAUUCACAAAGAGCGAGAUCAAUCACAUCACCAAGAAACGAACUGCAUUUGAAACAUCUUUGAUCAGACGGGUGACUCGAAAAGAAGAUUUCUUCAAAUAUGCUGAAUACGAAAUCAACCUCGAGAGAUUGAGGAAAGUAAGAUGGAAGAAGCUGAAGUACCACCUUAACCCGCCACCACCAUCUGCUUCUACAUACUCAUUACCACGAAGAACGUUGUACAUACUCAAAAGAGCUACCGUUAAAUUCCCCGGGGAUUUGGCUACUUGGUUAGCUUAUGUUGAAUACGCAAGCAGAGAAGGUAUGAGGAAGGUUGUUGGGAAGGGUCUUACCAACGCUCUGCAACAUCAUCCCACAUCAUCAACCCUAUACCUCCUGCAAACCUAUUAUCACCUUCAUCCCGCAUCGCCCUUCCCUCGAGAAUCCAUCCCUUCAACGUCAAAACUUGAUCUACCAUCUGCGACUUCCAAUGAACCACCUGCAUUCGCAAUAGAAGGUAUUGAUCCUGCUCGUACAACCCUUUUGAUAGGAUUACGUCUAUUACCUCAAUCAAUCGACCUAUGGAGGGAAUAUGUCAAGCUCGAAUUAGGCUGGGUGGAAGCUUUGAGACGUAGAUGGAAGUUAUUAGGUAUCAAGGAAGGUGAAGAGGUCAUACCAGAAGAAGGAUUUGAAGGGGAUCAAGAAGCUUUGAAAGGUGGAGAAGGUGCUUUUGGUCCAGAAGGUGAAGAUGCAAGAAAAUCAAUUUUAGCUGGUCAAUUAGUCAUUCACGCUUUAAAUUCUUCUCUUGAAUCGGUCCCUUCUUCAAGUGAAAACGGCAUGGAAUACAGGAAGGGCCUAUUGAACAUGCUGAGGAAGUAUCCUUCUCCAUUAAGAACAAAAUGUCUGUCAGUGAUUUACGAGGAAUCCGAGAGUAUAUCUCAAGGAGAUGAUGCAGUCGCUGCCGAAGCUAGAUUAUUGAUUUUGGUAAAAGGCCUGUAUGACAGACCGUAUGAUCCUGAACACAACAGUCUAGCGGAGGGCGAUAUCGUAUUGAGUGGAGUAGAAUUGGUCGAAGAAUUAGGUAAAAUAGGGAAGGAAAUUAGAAAAUCUGUGAAGAGUAAUAAAGGGAAUAAGGCAUGGUUGGAGAGCGCGGGAUUAUGGUUGAUAGGACAGAUCAGACGGUUUGAUGAUAAUGUAGAGCUCCGAGAAUACCUUUCUACAAUAUUGGCAUCACUCACAAAACCUUCCCUUCAACCACCUGUAACCCUUCUUCUCGCUCAUCUAGCUCUCUUGUCGUCGUCCGCACCCGACGUGUCUAUCGCUCGGUCGUACGCAACAAUCUACCCUACAAAUCCUUCCAUCCAAUUAUACCAUCUGUCAGCAGAAACACAUCACUCAACCGACGUAGACUUCAUCUGCAAGAUUUGUGAGGAGGCAGCUCGGACCGUAACGGUAUCAAACCUGUCUGAUGAUGACAGGGAACAAGUCCGAUCGAUAUGGAAGCUAUGGCUGGAUUGGGAAAAUGCCCAGGUCACAAGGGACGCCGAAGCAGACGAGAAGAGAUGGAAAUCGAUAUUGAAAGAAUCGAUGAAAUCAGGAGCGAAUAUUCCAGGUUUACAUUCUGAUAUAGUCGGAUAUUAUAUCAUCUCAUGUCUCAAAUCUCGACAAUCAGUCCAUGACAUACUGAGUAAAGUGAAGGGAUAUCAACCUACUUUCAACACGUUCAACAUCGUUUUCAAGGGACUGAAUGUCCCAGAAAUCAAAGUGGAUUCAAUCGAUCUCAAGAAGAUGUACACAGCAUGGCGAUCAGUAUGUAAAACACCAUACGAAAAGGCUCAAGCUGUAUUAUCGUACGCCGCGGUAUUGUUAGGAACAAGAGGUAAAGGGAGAGAAGCAUUUGACGUGAUUGAAGUGGUCAAGAGGGAGGUCAGGGAAGAUGAGGACGUCGAGAGGUUCUUAGAGAAGGAAUGGAAAGCUCUGAUUGAUGGUGAUAACGAGGACAAGGAUGAAGAUGAGGAGAUGAGUGAGGAGUGA